AUGUCAAACUCAAUGCAGCAAGCGACGGCAUUCGUAAAACAAUUAGCAGGAAUUCAACCACAGCGCGAGGAGGGCACGGAAGAUCCCGCAGCGACGCCACAAGAAGAGGUCGACGAGGUGCCAGACUUGAACCCACCCAAGAAAAUCAAGAAAGGAGCCGUGGCGAAAGAAGCGACACGGAAGAUCGCAACCAGGUCGACGUCGAAGGUCCCGGAAGAUCCACCGCAACCAAGAGAGGCCCACCCAAUCGCACACCAGUCGAAGGAGACCGACAGGUGGGAGGAACUGUUAGGAGGAAAUGGUAGGCCGGGCGACAAGAGAGCUCAUAUACCAGAGGAAAUCACCGACGUAUCCUGGAACGAGAGAGGACAGAACAAGAAAGCGCGACCAGGAUCAGCGUCCAACCCAUUAGACACAGAGGCAGAACCGGUGGUCGCGUUGGAAGCGAUACCCGCAAGGAAAGCCCAAGAGAUGUUGGUGGCGAUGGUCGAACGGGCAAUGAAGGCAGAAUCCGAGGGGAACCAGGCAAUGGCUACUCGCUUCUACGACAUCAGCGCCGGCCUAGGGAGAGCAAUGUCAAAACCGGCCCCGGCAACACCAAGCCUUAACCAGAAUCAAGAGGUACCGCCCCCCCUAAUCAUCCAGGGACUCAAAGUGCCGAUCCCGACCCAAAGACAAGCCUCCCCCAAACCGGCAAAGGCUCAAGAGAAGAGCGGCCAAGGCAAUCAACGCCAAAGCCAGGGGGGCUACAAGGGUAGCCGCGACAACCCUUGA